CCUGAUCAUAGAAAAAUUGGCGGGAUUUUUUAAUCGCGGAGACUAAAAACAAUAAUAUUUCGUUGGUAUUAUUUUGGUUUUUGUUACACGGUCACACUGCUUAUACACAACAACACUGCCAGCUGAUUAGACUAAGUUUAAAUUUAAAUUUUUGAAAUAAUGGCCAAAAACACAAUAGCUACUAGCCAUAAUGCGGCCAAAAAAAAGAUUUUAACGAACGUGGAAUACACGCGAAUUUGUCAAUUUAUCAAUGGCUAUCACGGCGGCCUGGCAAUAGACUGCGAAUUGGAAAUGGUGAAUCGCUUCUUUGUUGACGUCGAGCCGCUUGCCUUGAUUUGUAUUCUUCAAUCCGAAAUGUUUAACAAACACCGUGGGCAGCAUUGGCGUCUUGAACAGCGCUCCAAGAAGCUGCUACAGACCUAUGAGGAGCAAUGUCAUCUGUACAAUGAUAAUGCACUGCUGAUUCGGAUGGCCUCCUUGGAGAACAUCAGUCCUAUUGCCCUGUGCCGCAUCUUGCUACAGGAAAAAUACGACCUGACGCAGCGAUCGCAUGUUUAUCGCCUCCUAAAGCAUCCACAUUUAAUACAAGAUCCCCGCUUGGCAGCUAACGUCCAACAAUGCCUCUACAGUGAUAACCAGGAGGGACCGCUGACGGAUCUGCGGCGUCGCAUUAUCGGCGAGGAGUACGAGGUAAAGCUGAAAACGCUUGCCAAGGAGGUGGGCAUACAUUUCUACGAUGAGCAAGAUUUGCGACGCAUGGGUUACGACAAGACGCCGGACAUCAAAAUGAUUUUCCCAUUUCUCUACAAGGAUUCCGUGGUUAAUUGGAUUGAGAGCAAGGCAAAUUUCGGGGAUCCCAGAAGCCAUAAGAAGAACAUACAACAGCAGCUGCAAAGCUACUGCAAUCGCUUUGGUCCUGGCAUCAUAAUCUAUUGGUUUGGGUACCAUGAGGAUACACCCAACUUGGCAGAUAAUAAUAUUGGCAUCACGGUCUUAACAGAUUUUCCAGCGCGCGAAGAUUUGGUUUUUAUGCAGCUAACGGAAGGCGUUAAAUAAACAUUUAAUUUAUUUUUUUACCACUUGACGCAGUUUACUUAACAAUUUUCCAAUUUUUUUAUUGUAUUUAUAAAUUCUCAUUUACAUUAGAUUUUGUAUAGUACAAAAAACGCAUUUUCUCAUUUUCUCUUUGUCGUUUUAGUUUCUUUUUUAGCUUAUGCAUGAAAUGUAUAAAACUAUAAAAUAUAUAUACGAAUUGUUUAUAAACGCAAAAUGUAAUAAUAAUAAUAAUAAUGUUUGUGGCGGCAGAGAAAGUCAAAUACCAGAUUAAAUAAUGUAUUAAGGCUAUGGCUAUUUGUUAUUAUUAUUAUUGUGUUUUGUUGUCUUGUCAUUUUGCCACUUUAUAAACAAAUUACUGUUGGCAAUGCAAAAGAAUGUGGUUACGAUUUUCAUGUUAUAAAAAUUCAGCUUGCGUUUUGAAUCCCGAAAAAAUGUGUAUGUUGAUUGUUUACAUUUUUAUUGUUGUUAAUAUUACUGUUAUAUAUCGUAGUGGUAGGCAACUCGUCAUUUAGUUGAUAUUUCCUUCAUUAAUUUGAAUUCAAUUAUUUUGCAUUUCCUCUAUAUAUAUUUAAAUUGUAUGUAAUGUAUUUAUUUAUUGUAUUCUGCCACCGGCACAAGUUACAAGUCUUUCAGCUCCUCGGGCAUAUCAUUCUUCGGAU